AUGGAUUCCACUCAUAUAUAUCGAGAUGAAGAAAAUUCAAUCAAAAUAUCUUACAAUCAGGAUAGAGCCUUUCCAGAGCCACUUUCCCUCCGGAAAUAUGCAAUCACAAGAAUAACAUCACUAAAGCCGCCAAUGGCAAAAGUUGCCAACCCAUUUAAGCUUCUAACCAUGCUAAACAAACAACAAUGGGCCUUCUUUAUUGUCUCCUUUCUCGCUUGGUCAUGGGACUCUUUUGAUUUCUUCACUGUCUCUCUCACCGUUUCCGACUUGGCUGAUACAUUCAACAAAUCCACCACCGACAUAACAUGGGGUAUUACUCUCGUUUUAAUGCUCCGAUCCGCCGGCUCCGCGCUAUUCGGUCUAGCAGCAGACCUAUAUGGACGGAAAUGGCCAUUCAUCACAGCCCUCACACUCUUCAUCAUCCUAGAACUCGCGACUGGCUUCUGCCAGACAUAUCAACAGUUCCUCGCCAUCCGCGCUUUAUUUGGAAUAGCAAUGGGCGGCCUCUAUGGCAAUGCCGCAGUCACCGCGUUAGAAGAUUGUCCCAUUGAAGCCCGCGGUCUUGUCGCAGGAUUAAUGCAGCAGGGCUACGCAUUCGGCUAUCUCCUCGCAACGGCAUUUGCACGCGCACUGGUGAACACGACUUCACACGGCUGGAGACCGUAUUUCUGGUUCGCAGCUUGUCCGCCCGUUCUGAUAAUCUUAUUCCGCCUUUGUCUACCCGAGACGAAAGCGUUUCAGAAUCGCCAAGCUCUCCGUGGGGAAAUGGAGCAUCCAGCACGAGAAUUCCUCGCUGAAGGACGAGCUGCAUUGCGGAACCAUUGGCUCGUUUUCAUAUACCUUGUUCUAUUGUCCAGUGGACUGAAUUUCAUGUCGCAUGGAACUCAGGAUUUGUACCCGACUAUGCUAGAGAAUGAACGUGGGUUCUCGUCAAAUGCGGUUACUGUUACGCAGGUGGUUGCUAACCUGGGCGCGAUGGCUGGGGGUUCUACGACGGGGUAUUGUUCGCAGAUCUUUGGGCGGAGGUUUAGUAUGCUGGUUGUUUGUGUUAUUGGCGGUGCGCUGUUGUAUGCGUAUACCCAUGUCCAGACUGAGGCUGUGACAGCUGUUGCUUUUUUCGUGCAGUUUUGUGUGCAGGGAGCUUGGAGUGUUAUGCCCAUCUAUAUGAUGGAGCUGGCGCCUGGUUCAUUCCAGACGUUCGUUGUUGGGUCGGCGUAUCAAUUUGGUAGUCUUGCUUCGUCCGCUUCGUCGACUAUUGAAGCGACUCUUGGCGAACACUAUCCACUUCCACCCCUGAUUAAGGCAGAUGAUACUGUUGUUGAACGGUAUAACUACGGAAAGGUCAUUUGUAUUUUUAUGGGGGCGAUCUAUGCUUAUUCUGUCAUAUUGAUUAUUAUUGGACCUGAGAAAAGAGGACAAAAGACGGAUUUGGAACAUGAAGAUAUCGAUGAAGUGAUCUAUGAAGAUGGAAAGCAUUAG